AUGGACGCUGGAGCUGUGGCAAAAGAUAUUUCCAAUGCACUUAAAAACACUGAUUUUACGGAAAAAGAAAAAAGUAAAAUACUGGCCUAUUUCACAAUGAACUUUGAGUUAGCAACUUAUACAAGUUCUUUCCUUCGUUCUUUGACAACGCAAGAGGAACAGUCUGAUUAUUUGAAGAGCAAUUUAUCUAAAGAAAAUAUCAAAAAGAUUCUUGAUCCGUAUAUAAUUGAUCCGGAAAACUCGCUUUGUGAAUCAAUUACACUAUUUGACGGUGUCCCGAAUGAGGUUUCCGAUAUUUCAACUUACCUAAAGUUUGUAAACCGUGAAGAGGAAGUUAAACAAUUGAUGAAAAAUAUGGAAUACAUAUACAACACAGUCAAUGAUGUUAAUCAAUAUUCAGAACCCCUAAAAAUGGUAGUAUGUUCAACUGCAGUAGGAACAGCUGGUAAAGGGAAAACUACAUUUGCUCGACGAGCAUAUGAUAAUCCAGUAAUUUACUCUGAUAUCGUGAGAUCAGAAGUUGUAAAGGAAAUAAAUUAUUACAUGCUUAGAAACUUGCUAGGAAAUAAUAUUACCCUCGAAGAUAUUCUUAAUGUGAUUAUGCAUUAUACGGAUGCGAAUAAAAAACCACUUUUUAUUAUAAAUAUUGAUGAAACUAAUGCGCUGUUCGAUAAUAACGAUGAUAUUGUAUGGCUCAAGGGCGUUCUUCGGGCCAUUGCAAGGUUAAUCGAGCAGAAAUAUUUUCUUUUUGUUGUAUUGACUGGAACCCAUGCAAGAAAUCUGUUUAAAACAGUAAAGUCAAGCGGUGCAAAAUUCGAAGAUAUAUCUUUACCACUACUCAAACCCAGGCAUGCCGAGGAAGUCAUAAUUGAGUUGGCUAACCGAAAGAUGGGAGUCAUUGGUUCUGCCGCUGCUUUCAAGACAACCACUUAUGAAUCUAAAUUUCAUCGAAACGGAUUACGUUACUUCUUAGAGUACUGCCAACAUAAACCAGAAUAUUGCCAAGAACUCCUUAAAAGAACGAAGAAACACAUCAGUAGAAAAUACAAUCAUUAUUUUAAACAUUUCGCCGAAACAAAUAAUCUUGGACUCAUCCCUUCUCUGGUCGCAUACACAUUAUUUGGGUGGCCUGUUGAACGAACGGACGAAAUUGAUGUUAACAUGAAACGCAAAGUUGAGCAAAUUAAUGAAACAAACUGGAAUCAAUUUAUUCAAAGUCAUAGUAAUCAUUCCCCACAAGAAUGUAUAGCUUACCACAAUUCACAGGGUGCUUCAUUUGCUGAUUCGCUCUUGCUCACGGAUCCGCCAAUCCUUAUUCAAGAUAAGCAACAAAUAGUAAGUCGCAAGAAAAUUAUCGAUGGUAAGUUGCCGAAUAUGCUAGGAAAGGGGCUCGUGGAAAAAGAACAUAACAAGUGUAAAAAUAUCGGAAAACAUAUUUUUGUUUUUGUGACAGAUUCUAAAAAGCGUAUGGAUGAGAUUUACAGGGAAAAUGUUAUUGUAAUAACGGAAGAAGAAAAGAAAGGAGUAUUUGGAGAUUUAUUAGCACUCAGAGCGUUGCAUUGCAUUGAACGGACCUAG